AUGAUCAAGAAAAGCAAACGACUUACCCGCUGUAUAUUGAUCUACCCCAAAAUACUAAGGAUGCUCUCCGCAAAAAUUUUCUUGGUAGCCCUGCGCUCCUUUAACUACUCCCUGCCAAAAUCCUGGCAUUGCCUAGGUACAUCACAUUACAGCUUUCUAAGCCCGAAGAAAACAACCCGCUCACAUCCUACAAUUAUCAAGUGGCUUCAAGCAUGUGUAACCACUGCAAAUUACUCACUAUGUAUCAAUGGGGAAGUGACUGGGUACAUUAAAGGGAGGAAGGGUCUGAGACAGGGGGAUCCUUUGUCCCCAUAUCUUUUUGUUAUUGUGAUGGAAGUUUUUACGAAUUUAAUUAACAAGAAAUCUCAGCUCCCUAACUUUCAUUUUCAUUGGAGAUGUAAAACUAAUCAGCUGAUAAAUCUUUGCUUUGCUGAUGAUCUAAUGAUAUUUUGCAAAGAAGAGCUCUCUUCGAUCAAACUCAUCAAGGAAGCGCUGAUAAAUCUGUGCUUUGCUGAUGAUCUAAUGAUAUUUUGCAAAGGAGAGUUCUCUUCGAUCAAACUCAUCAAGGAAGCAUUGACAGAGUUUGAGGCUCUUUCUGGUCUCUCCCAUAGUACAGGGAAGAGUAGCAUAUUCUUCUCUAGAGUUAGUGUAGGAGUUAAGGAGACUAUCUUGCAAGAGCUUGGAUUUCAGGAGGGUUCCCUCCCAGUGAGAUAUCUGGGGGUCCCUUUGUUAUCUACUAAACUUAAAGCUAUUGAUUGUCAGAGACUGGUAGAUAGUAUCACUGCCAAAACUAGAAGUUAG